CAAAAGAAGCCGUCGCCUCUCCGCCGCCGGUCUAUCAGAGCGGAGCGGAGCCCCCCAAUGUUGUUCGUUUUUUUUUGUGAAAAGACAGAGGGGAAUUGAGAGAGAAAAAUCCCUGGCGCCCCACUACCGCUAAUUCCCACCGUAACGAGUGUGUGGCAAGGGAGGGAGGGACUAAGAGCUCCGCCCACCACCAGUACCCUCACAGAGAUUUUUUCAUUCACGGAGACCUCCUGUCCUGGUUUAUUUGGAACCACAGCAGAGGACAACUGAUGGACGGAGCAGCAACAAAGUUCUUUCGUCCAUGGGAGAGCCAUGGGAGUUAUCAUCACUCGCUUCCCUCAAUAUCACCUCCUGACUCUCCGGCAUCCACAUCUGCAAGCUCAUCUUCAUCUAGCAUUGGAGCCAAUGAGUUGACCACCAAGAGAAGAAAAUGCGAGAGAUGCACAUGCCCGAAUUGCAAAGCCAUAAAGCAUGGCGAUCGAGGGUCUCAACACACUCACCUGUGCAGUGUCCCUGGUUGUGGAAAAACAUAUAAAAAGACAAGCCAUUUAAGAGCACAUUUAAGGAAGCAUACCGGAGACCGCCCAUUCGUUUGCGAUUGGUUUGAUUGUGGAAAGAGAUUUGACAGAAGUGAUCAACUGAUCAGGCAUAAGAGGACGCAUACAAAAGAAUAUAGAUUUGCUUGCAAAUUUUGCAUUCGCCAAUUUUCUCGUUCCGAUCAUCUUCAACAACACUUGACAUCGGUGCAUAAUAUAGUUGUCGUAGAUUAGAGACAAAUAUUUUAAUUUUUCUGUCAUUACCUUGUGUAUUUAUGAUUUGUGUAUUGCCCUAUUUUCCCAGAAAAGAAUCGUUGAUUGUUUCACUUUAUUAAUCGUAAAUAAAAUGUGUCGAAAAUCAAUA